AUGGACGUGUCGACGGACCUGACAACCAUCGAGUGCAGUGACUACGGCUGUACGACCGACCUCCGGUCCGCAUACUACGACCGCUGCGGCGGAGUCACUGCCAAGCUGACCGUGGGCCUUGCAGCCCUGACCGGGGAAUGUUGCCUGUUGGCCGGCGGGCGCUCGUGGGAAGUCGGUCUCCAUCUGCCUCCGGCAGAAGUGUCAGCCGAUGAGCUGUCGAGUUGGAAAAACGUUUCCUUGGACUUCGUAGUCGCCGGGAAUGCCCGCUGUGGCACCCAAUCAGUCCUGAACAACCUGUACCAGCACCCUUCCUUGGACUUCACCAGUGGGAAGUCCAACGAAGACUACUCUUUGUUUAGCCAGGGCCAGAUGUCCAAAUUCGUGCCAACUAAGAAGCUGCUGGAAACACACCGCGCCAGCUACAUUGGAAAAGGUCGCGACACCCAGUUGCUCGGCCUCAACAACCCCGGAAUUGCAACCUACCCUUUGUCCUACUAUGCCCUCUACCUCAUGAAGAAGGUGAAGAUGAUCGUGGUGGUCUGCGAUCCUCUGCGACGUUUGGAGAAGCUCUUUAUGUACCAGCACUACUGCCACGAGAACUUCGAUGAGGCCGUCCGGCGAUUCGACGCGGUGCCAAGGCGCAUGUGGGCCAAGGCCCAGGCCUUCGGUCCGCACCUCGAAGAGUUGAUAAAGCUCCUGGGCGCGACGGGGACGUUUCCAGGGGGGAUGAUCUUCAAGCGCUACAACUUCCGGAAAGCUAUGCUGGCUUCGGAAUAUGCCUCGAUUCAGCUCGCCGCGAUCUUAGCCGAUCGUGCUAUCCAGUGGCAAGAGCAGACAUUCCUUCAGCCAGAGGCGUUGCUAGAGUUGAGAAGCAAGCAGUCGCGCUGCGACAUGUCGGAGGAGCUCGUGGAAGGACCUUGCGGCCUGUCGGAUGACGACCAGAUACCUGACACAUCGGCAGGUCGGUGUCGUUUUGUGACAUCCAAGCAUUUGCAUGUUGAAGUGCUUGUGCGCUGUCUCAUGCCAUACUGGAGCAAUGGGGCCGUCGCCGAAAGGCCUGGCUCAGCACUGCCGGCUGGCACGGACGUAGCUGCCGAUGAAGAGCCGAACCAGCCCUUUCGACCGCGCUGGCCGCGAUGGAAAAGCGGUGACCUUCGCCCAGUCGAUCGUGCCAUCGUCGAGGUUCCUGUGGCCGAGGAGCUGGUGAAAACCAAGCGCGGCCUCUAUCGCCCUGAGAGUGGCGUGGUGAGGUACAGCGCCCAGGAUUGGGUGAAGUUCCGAGCAGAUGGUGAGGAGCUGCUCUACAUCAUGAGGAACCAAAAGCCGGCUAACUGCAGAGAGUGGUCCCUGGCCAUGCUACAGAAGGCGUAUCGCUCUUCGUGUCGGCGACAUGGCUCGUGGGACCGAAUGAAUUUGUGCUUGCAUGACUUUUUGUCUUUGUUCCCAAGAACCUUCGAGCUCUUCGGAGCUCAAGAGCAGCUGGUGCGGCCAUUUCGGAGCUCGGUCUCCAGCGUGGCCGACGGCGAGGAGGAGGUCAUGAAGCGCCUGGCCAUGGCGAAGCAAGUGGGGGUCGUCCAGGCCCACACUCCCAUUGGCGGAGGCAAUCCCAGGAUGUCGGCGCCCACGCCGGACAUCCUGUACACCUCCGCGAAAGCCUGGUACAUCCCCAGCCGUUCCACGUCACGGAGGUCCAGUGCAAGGACGUCGUAUGCAUCGCGGCCAACUUCUGCGUCGUAUGCAUCACGGCCAACUUCGGCGGCCUCCUCCUAUCCGAGCCGCCCAGUUAGUCGACCGCUGUCUGCGCAAACGCGUGGCUCGCCGGCUCGUUGGGCACCGCAAGAAGGACAUUUUGCGAAAGUACAAGAACGACAUCUUGCUGCAGGAGGUCUGGGUGUUGGAGCAGAUGUUCCCUGA